AAAAAAAAUAAAACAUAUCUCUCUUUCCUUAUAAAUUUUUCUCAUUUCUUAAAACCUCUCUACAGACUCAUAUCAUCAGAGAGCUCUUCACGAGAGAACUCUUUCUCUUUCCCCAUUUAAAGAUCAAAUCUUUCUUCUUUCUUCUUCUUCUUCUUCUUAUUACAUCAUCAUCAUCAACAUCAUCACCACCGUCAUGUGUAACCCAUCAACAACAACCACCACCACCGGUUCAGAGAGCCAAGAAUCUCGAACCGGAAUCUUCCUCGAUCUCUUGUCGAUCAAUAGCUUUGAACCCACAAAGAGAAGUCUCCGGCAUUGCGAGAACAGAGGAUCUCCUCUAAUGGCAGAGGCUGUAACAGAGGCCAAGACUCUCUUCACGCUAGCUUUCCCGAUCGCUGUGACGGCUCUAGUCCUCUACCUACGCUCAGCGGUAUCAAUGUUUUUCUUGGGUCGACUAGGUGACCUCGAAUUAGCCGCCGGUUCUCUCGCCAUUGCCUUUGCUAACAUAACCGGCUACUCUGUUUUAUCCGGUUUAGCACUUGGUAUGGAGCCACUCUGUUCUCAGGCCUUCGGUGCUCACCGCUUCAAACUCCUCUCCCUUACCCUUCAUCGAACCGUGGUUUUCCUCUUGGUUUGUUGCGUACCGAUCUCGGUUCUCUGGUUGAACGUCGACAAAAUCUCGGUUUACCUUCACCAAGACCCCGACAUCGCCAAGUUAGCUCAGACGUAUCUCAUCUUCUCCCUCCCUGAUCUCCUCACCAACACUCUUCUUCACCCUAUCAGAAUCUACCUUCGCGCUCAAGGCAUCAUUCACCCCGUAACCCUAGCUUCUCUCUCCGGCGCUCUUUUUCACAUCCCCGCUAACUUUUUGGUCUCUUACCUCCGUCUUGGCCUAACCGGCGUUGCCGUCGCUUCCUCCAUCACGAACAUCUUCGUUGUAGCUUUCCUCGUUUGCUACGUCUGGGCGAGUGGUCUUCACGCGCCUACGUGGACUGACCCGACCCGUGAUUGUUUCCGCGGGUGGGCUCCGUUGCUUCGUCUCGCGGGUCCGAGCUGCGUCUCCGUGUGCUUGGAGUGGUGGUGGUACGAGAUCAUGAUCGUUCUCUGUGGUCUGCUCGUGAAUCCGAGAUCGACCGUCGCUGCUAUGGGCGUUUUGAUCCAGACGACAUCGUUUCUUUACGUUUUCCCGUCGUCACUGAGCUUCGCUGUGUCCACUAGGGUAGGUAACGAGCUGGGAGCGAACCGUCCUAAGACGGCGAAGCUAGCUGCUACUGUAGCUAUUGUCUUCGCGGUGGUUACGGGGAUUACUGCGGCGGCGUUUGCCUACUCCAUUAGAAAUGCUUGGGGUUGGAUAUUCACCGGAGACGACGAGAUUAUCCAGCUAACAGCGGCGGCGUUACCGAUAUUGGGUUUAUGCGAGAUCGGAAACUGUCCUCAGACGGUGGGAUGCGGCGUCGUGAGAGGAACAGCAAGGCCGACGACGGGGGCGAACGUGAACCUGGGAGCGUUUUAUCUGGUGGGCAUGCCGGUGGCAGUUGGUCUCGGGUUUUGGGCCGGGAUUGGGUUUAAUGGGCUUUGGUUAGGACUACUCGCGGCGCAGAUUAGCUGCGCAGGUCUUAUGAUGUACGUCGUGUGGACAACGGAUUGGGAAGCGCAGGCUAAGAAGGCGCAGUCGCUAACAUGCGCGGAGACUGUAGAGAAGGAUAUUUUAAAGACGGUGGCAAAUACUAUAGGGGACGGCGGUGAGUGCGAUGAUGCAGCUGAGCCGUUGAUUCGCGUCACGGUGCUUUAUUAAAAUUAAUUAAGAACAAAAAAGAUUAUAAUUAUAAAUCGUAUAAUUAUAAUUUUUAUUCCCAUCUUCUUUUCAUUAGAAGGAGAAAGUUUUGUCUUUCUUGAGAAAUUUAACAUUUUCUUCUCUUUUUUUUUUAUUGUACUUAACAAUAUUUUUUUUAAUCUCCUUAUUUUUUCUC